AUGGCAUUUGUAGCUGUGGUUCUUUCUACCGCUGAUCUCUUUCGCAUGGAUCUCAAGAAAACCCUCAGUUCGGUCUCUCAUCUCCUUUGUAAAAGGGAGUCGGUGAAGCAGUCCGCAUGGAAUUUGGGAUUUGUUCAAAUAUUUUUUUAAACCAAAACUCAGACUACACCUGCCGAAAUAGUUCGAGAAACUCAGUGUCUUUUGUGUUAUAUUUAAUCCUCUGGUUCUUAUGAUCUAAAACAAGAAGAGAAGAAGAAGGCAGAUCUAAAACAAGAAGAGAAGAAGGCAGCGAUGGCUAAACAUAUCAGGGCUUUAAAGUCAAUUGUUGAUGACAAUGAUGAGUCUUAUGCAGUCCAAAAAGCCUUCGCACAAUUGACAGAGGAGUUCUUCAGAGAGAACACACUUCUUCUCAUCGUUUGUCUUCUGAAAUUGACCUUGGAGGUCCAAAGAGAUGCCACUCAAGUUGUUGCAAAUCUACGAAGGCAGAAAGUUCAGUUGCGAUUGAUUGCCUCAGAAUACUUGCAGAAAAACACCGAUGUUUUAGAUCUUUUGGUAGCAGGUUGUGGAAACAUAGACAUGGCUAACCAUUACGGUGAAAUGAUGAUAGCGUGUUUGCGUCACCAGAGUGCUGCAAGAUAUGUUCUAGAAUCACCAGUACAUCUGAAGAAGUUCUUUGAUUAUAUACAGCUUCUGAAUUCCGACGUUGCGGCAGAUGAUGCCUUAACUCUUAAGGAACUAUUGACAAGGCAUACUGAAUUUCUGUCUAACAACUAUGAAUGGUUUUUUGCAGAUUUGAAUUCGAAGUUGCUAGAAUCAACCGACUAUCUUACAAGAAGAAAAGCUAUCAAUGCCGCUGGACACAUACUUUUGGAUCACUCAAACUCAGUUGUGAUGGCACGAUACGUGAGUUCGAGGAUUAAUAAUUCGAGGAUUAUUAUGAAUCUCCUGAGGGAUUCAAAAUAA